AUGUCUACAGAAGGACAAGAAAAACUCCCUUCUAGUGUGCUGUCCCUCCUUAAGGCCAAGUCACCCUUUGGUUGUGACCACUAUCUCAUCCCCCUGUUUAGCAACACAGAGAUUCCCCUCUGCUUCGGUAGAGCUUCCACGAAGCCAGAUAUGGCAGUAAAACCAACAUGCACUGUGGGGACCUAUCUAGAAAACCAGUUGCCAUGGCCGACGUCAGAAAAGUUACUGCCUGUGUCCUCUUUGAAGAACUCUGUAUUUAACAUGGCAUAUUUUGGAAUUGAACAGAACCAGGGAAAAUGUGUAGAGGGGAUGGUGGAGAUCUUUGACAUGUUGCUGGCUACGUCAUCUCGAUUUCGCAUGAUGAAUCUCCAGGGAGAGGAGUUCGUGUGUCUCAAAUCCAUCAUUUUGCUUAAUUCUGGAGUGUACACAUUUCUGUCCAGCACCCUGAAGUCUCUGGAAGAGAAGGACCAUAUCCAUCGUGUCUUGGACAAGAUCACAGACACCUUGAUCCACCUGAUGGCCAAAGCGGGCCUGACUCUGCAGCAGCAGCACCGGCGUCUGGCCCAGCUCCUCCUCAUCCUGUCCCACAUCAGGCACAUGAGGUGAGGCAUCCUUGGGUCCCCCCCGGGAGCCCCAUAACGAACACAAGCCCUCAAACGUGCUACCGCUGGGCCGGGAAGGG